CCCACCACCACGAGCAGCUCAUGCAUUAUUUCUCUUUCUGACCGGUAGAGCCCGCCUAGAGGCGAAGUUUAUUCUGUCCUCGUCACCGCAUAUACCCGCGUACGAGAGAAUUGAUAUCAUAAGUACUUAACCUGGCUGCUGGCGGCAGCUGGCAGCUACCAUGGAUGAGAGUCCACCAAAAAUGAAAAAGGCUUUCAAGUUGAAAAACCCUGUCGCGUCGAUCCGAAGCAUCGAGCUAACCUUCUACCGCGUCCAUUUAGUGGCCUUCGUCUUCAUUCCGCUCAUAUCCUCAGGAAUCUUCUACGGCUGCAACGGCAGGUUCCGUAUCAGCUUCCUGGAUUCGCUCUUUCUAUGCUAUUCCUCAAUGACAGUGACGGGGCUCUCGACGGUGGACUUGUCGACGCUGACCGUAUGGCAGCAGGUCAUGCUUUUCUUGCUGAUGAUGGUGGGCGAUAUCACGACCGUUUCAUGGAUCAUGGUGCUGGUGCGAAAACAUUACUUCCGAACACACUGUGAAAAUCUCCCCGAUCGGAUGACGAUUUUUCCUACACGCACUGCUUUCCUUGCAUCGAUUUCUUCCCCCAUCGCCGCCUUCAGGCCUCGCGAUGUCAUUCCGGCGAAUGGCAGAUACGCCCCACAGCUCAAUUUCCAUCAGCCGACGCCGGUGGCGACAAUGUCCCCAGUGCCCACCACUGACGAGACGGCAGCAAUGUACGUGAAAGGUCGAAGAAGCGAGGAAGGCGAUGGCGAUAACGUGCUUUCCGAUGUUCACACGUUUACCUCAUCACCCCGCCCAGCCACCCUGCACCUUUCGCCCGUCCAGAGUCGCGCCUCGGCCCGCCGUGGCGUAGAUUUCGACCUCACAACUUCUAUGACGACGUCUAUGCGUCAGAGAAGGAUGAGUGCUGCCCGCGCUGGUGUCCCGUUUCCGGCGAGGACCAUGACAGUGUUCACCAACCAGGAUACAUCUGGAAACACGGAUGUGCCCGGACCGACACAGUUCGUCAAGAACCUGUUCAAACGCUCGGCUCCAGGCGCAUAUAGGAAGUUCCAACGCAAGAUGACUAUACCGUACACAUCUACUUUAGAGGCUAGCAGGACCAAGUGGCUUAAUUUCGACCUAGACACGGGCCGGAAUUCCAACUUUUACACAGAAACGUUGACGGACGAGCAGUUGGAAAUGAUUGGGGGCGCCGAAUAUCGGGCGCUAAAGGUUCUCAGUUAUCUUGUGCCUACUUACUUCGUGCUAUCUCAAAUUAUCACCUACCUAAUAUUCGCACCCUGGUUAUCGACAUCUUCGACUUACGACAGUGUGUUUGAGGCGCAGCCCCGUCUCGUCAAAAAGCCAUGGUUCUCGCUCUUCCAAGUUAUGGCGGCCUACACCGGCGGCGGCUUAUCCUUGGUUGAUCUAGGGAUGGUCCCCUUCCAGACUGCGUAUCUCAUGAUUUUUCCCUUGAUGUUUGUCAUCUUAGCAGGCAAUCACGCCCUGCCUAUCUUCAUGCGACUUAUAAUAUGGAUAUUCUCCAAAUUUACCGAGCCGGAAUCAGAUCUGGAUAAAGCAUUGGACUUCCUUCUUCAUCACCCUCGACGGUGCUAUUUCUACCUGUUUCCCAGCCACCAAACCUGGUUUUUAGUUAUCGUUCUGAUCCUCAUGAGCGUAGUGGAAUGGGUCGCGUUUGAAGUGUUGAAUACCGGAUUGGAGUUUUAUGACGCUAUGUCGACCGGGGCUAAAAUCGUGACGGGCUUGUUCCAGGGACUGGCAGCUCGUGCAUCCGGAUUUGCGAUCGUCCCUUUGGCUUCAAUUGCCCCUGCACUCCAAUUCUUAUAUGUGGUGAUGAUGUACAUUGCUGUGUAUCCUGUCGCAAUGAGUAUUCGCUCGACCAAUACGUAUGAAGAAGGAUCGCUUGGCGUAUUCGAAGAACCGUUACUGGAUGAGGAAGAAUUUGAAGACAAAGACAAGGAACUUGGAGAUCCUAAGGACAAGGAGCCCCGACAGCGUGUCGCGAGGUAUCUAGGCUGGCACUUGCGCAGACAGAUGUCUGAUGAUAUUUGGUGGAUGGUCUGGGGUGUCUUCCUUGUUGCCAUUAUAGAACGAGACAACCUCCUGGAUGAUAGCAAGAAGUGGUUCGAUCUGUUCCGAGUGCUUUUCGAGCUAGUCUCUGCAUUCGGAGGGAUCGGGUUGAGUCUUGGAUUCCCUUCGGAUAAUAUGUCAUUUGUAGGUGUGAUGAGACCGCUAUCAAAGUUGGUCAUCAUUGUGGUGAUGGUACGCGGACGACAUCGCGGUCUUCCUGUGGCCAUUGAUCGGGCAGUGAAGCUUCCUCGCGAGCUCGCGACAAAAGGUAGGAAUAUAGGGAAGGAGAAGGACAAUGGUUUGGGACCGGCGGAAGAGAUUACCGUUAUCCCUCGUGAUGCGUCGUAGCUUUUUGGAUACCCGAUUUCUUUGCUUUGCUCUGGAGUUUUGAGUCUCAUAUCUUCAUAGACGUAUAUAUACAGACACAUGAACACUAAGUACUACCUAAUUGUUGGUAUAUUGAUGACCAUAGGUUGCGGCACCUUUAUUCAAUCACUAUGCUAUCUUACUGCAUGUUUUACGUGCUUGAGGGGAUGUGGAUAGCAGCAUCUAGUUAGUCAAAUUAAUUUAUCGGACUAGCAGCUGAUUU